AUGCGUCACUGUCACAUGUCCUUCGCUUACUGUUUCUGCCCUUUUUCUGCCCAUCGCUCUGCCUCAUCUCAAGGUUACACACGCCUAAUGCGGCGACUGAGCGGUUCGACGUGUCUUUUAACGGGAGUGACGCGCGCAGGGAGGUGGCUUCCCACGACAGCGCCAUGUCUGUCACUCUGCUCCUUCUUCUUAACGGCUUCCCGACGAAAGCAAAGCACCUCCGGCAUUGGUGGUGACGUGCGCGACAUCGAAGAAACUCACCCCGACUUCCAGCCGCGUCUUGUCAGUGCAGACCUUGCGGAGGACGAAAUAGCAAUGGUUAAGAAAGACAUCGACGACACAAUAAAAUCGGAGGAUGUUGUUACAUUUAUAAAGGGCCUACCCGAGGCCCCCAUGUGUGCCUAUUCGAAGCGUAUGAUUGAUGUGUUGGAGGCACUCGGACUAGAGUACACGUCUUUCGAUGUACUCGCCCAUCCGGUUGUACGCAGUUAUGUGAAGGAGGUGAGCGAGUGGCCGACCAUACCGCAAUUGUUUAUAAAAGCUGAAUUUGUGGGGGGCUUGGAUAUUGUCACGAAGAUGCUGGAGAGCGGUGACCUUAAAAAGAUGCUGCGGGAUAAGGGAAUCACUUGUCGGGACCUGUAA